CUGCUGCACGCUGUCCUGUUUUCUUGGAACCAUUUAAAACAGACAAGAUCAAAACAAAACCCCAGUGUUGUUAAACGAAAGUUUCAAUCAUGGCACAGGAAAAAGUGCGUGCAUGCCUUCUCUUGGAGGAUGGCAGCGUUUUCGAAGGGGAUGCCUUUGGCAUGAAGAAGAGUGUUCCAGGAGAAGUUGUGUUUCAGACUGGAAUGGUAGGUUACCCAGAGUCCUUGACAGACCCGUCUUACUGCAAACAGAUUUUGGUUUUGACAUAUCCUCUCAUUGGGAACUAUGGCAUCGGAGAUAAUGCCAACGACAAAUGGGGCCUUCCAAGAUGGUUUGAGUCCAACAAGAUUCAUGCAGCUGGUUUGGUUGUUGGAAACCUUUGUGAGCAGUAUAGCCACUGGGGAGCUGUCAAAUCGCUCUCUGCGUGGAUGGAGGAGCAUGGAGUACCUGGAAUUAGUGGUAUUGACACAAGAGCUCUCACGAUGAAAAUACGAGAAAAGGGAACAAUGCUUGGCAAAUUAAUCAUUGGUGAUCAAGAUGAGAAGUCAAUUGAUUUUAUCAACCCUGAUAAAAUGAAUCUGGUUGCUGAAGUGUCAUCUAAAGCUCCCACAACGUACAAUGCCAAAGGCGAUGUGAGUAUCUUAGCUGUGGACUGUGGAAUGAAAUACAACCAGAUCAGAUGCUUAUGCGAGCGAGGAGCUUCAGUGACUGUUGUGCCUUGGGACCACAACUUGGACCUGAAUGACUAUGAUGGCCUCUUUAUUAGCAAUGGACCAGGUGACCCCACCAUGUGUGCGAAGACAAUUGCCAACAUAAAGAAUAUCCUCAGCAAAGACAACUGCAAACCUGUCUUCGGCAUUUGUCUGGGACACCAACUUCUCUCUUUGGCAAUUGGUGCUAAAACUUUCAAAAUGAAAUAUGGAAACCGUGGUCACAACCAGCCUUGCAUGUAUGAAGAGAGCAUCCGCUGUUACAUUACAAGCCAGAACCAUGGUUUUGCAGUGGACACAAGCUCCUUGCCAGAUGGAUGGAGUCCUCUGUUCACCAACGCCAAUGAUAAGACAAAUGAAGGCAUUGUCCACAAUGAGUUGCCAGUCUUCACGACUCAGUUCCAUCCAGAGAACCGGGCUGGCCCCCAAGAUUUGGAAUUGUUGUUCGAUGUUUUCCUGGAGCAGGUUCGCUCAUUCAAGCAAGGCAAAACAGUACCAACUGUGAAGGAGAGAAUUUACAUGCAUCUUCGCACAGAAGGUAUCCCCAUGGAAGUGUCAGAAUUGCCACCACCGAAAAAAGUUCUUAUCUUGGGGUCAGGUGGUCUUUCUAUUGGCCAGGCUGGGGAGUUUGAUUACUCCGGAUCACAGGCCAUCAAAGCUCUCAAGGAGGAAAACAUUCGCACUAUCCUCAUCAACCCAAACAUUGCCACGGUUCAGACCUCUCAAGGAUUGGCAGACAGAGUGUACUUCCUCCCCAUCACUCCUGAUUAUGUCACGCAGGUUAUCAAGUCUGAGCGUCCUGAUGGCAUACUACUGACUUUUGGUGGUCAGACUGCUUUGAACUGUGGAGUGACCCUGACAAAAACUGGUGUCUUGGACAAGUUUGGCGUAAAAGUUUUAGGCACUCAGGUGGCUUCUAUUGAGUGGACAGAAGACCGCAAAAUUUUUGCGGACAAGAUGGCUGAGAUCAAUGAGUCUGUUGCUCCAAGUGAAGCAGCUUAUUCUCCUGAGCAGGCUGAACAAGCAGCAGAGAGACUAGGCUAUCCAGUUCUGAUCCGAGCAGCCUUUGCUUUAGGUGGCUUAGGGUCUGGCUUUGCAGAAAAUCGAGAGCAACUGAUGACCUUGGUUUCAGCUGCUUUUGCUCAUACCUCCCAAGUUCUGGUGGACAAGUCUCUGAAAGGCUGGAAAGAAGUGGAGUAUGAGGUUGUUCGGGAUGCAUAUGACAACUGUAUCACAGUGUGCAAUAUGGAGAAUGUUGACCCCCUGGGCAUCCAUACAGGGGAGAGUAUCGUGGUGGCCCCCAGCCAAACUUUGACCAACACUGAGUACUACAUGCUGCGCUCCACGGCCAUCAAAGUUAUCAGGCACCUGGGCGUUGUGGGAGAGUGCAACAUUCAGUAUGCCCUCAACCCCUUAUCGCAGCAGUACUACAUCAUUGAAGUGAACGCACGACUCUCAAGGUCUUCAGCUCUGGCCAGCAAAGCCACAGGCUAUCCACUGGCCUAUGUGGCAGCCAAGCUGGCUCUGGGUCGACCACUCCCCGUGUUGAAGAACUCAGUGACCGGCUCCACUACUGCGUGCUUUGAGCCCAGCCUGGACUAUUGUGUGGUGAAGAUACCACGAUGGGAUCUACGCAAGUUUUCCAGAGUCUCCACCAAGAUUGGCAGUUCCAUGAAAAGUGUUGGAGAAGUCAUGGCCAUUGGCAGAAAGUUUGAAGAAGCUUUUCAGAAAGCUCUUCGUAUGAUGGAUGAGAAUGUGCUUGGAUUUGAUCACACCAGCCAAAAAGUCUGUGAGAAGGAAUUGCGAGAUCCAACGGACAAAAGAAUCUUUGUACUGGCUGCAGCAUUGAAAGCAAACUUGUCCAUCGACAGACUGUAUGAACUGACCCGCAUUGACUGCUGGUUCCUGCACAAAUUUCGGAAUAUCAUCGACAAGGUCAACGAGCUGGAAGGGUACAAAGGAAAGGCAAAGGAUCUUCCGGAAGAUUUGCUGCUGUCAGCGAAACAGCUUGGCUUCAGUGACGAGCAGAUUGCCCAUGCUGUGUCCAGCACCGAUCUUGUGAUUCGGAAAUGUCGCCUGGACCUUGGCAUCACCCCUUGGGUGCGCCGGAUUGACACCGUUGCGGCUGAGUGGCCAGCCAGCACCAACUACCUGUACCUGACCUACAGCGGGUCAGAGCAUGACCUUGACUUCCCAGGAAACCAUGUGAUGGUCCUGGGCUCUGGCGUUUAUCGCAUCGGCAGCAGUGUGGAGUUUGACUGGUGUGCUGUCAAUUGCAUCCGCACUCUCAGAGAGAUGGGUCACAAAACCAUCAUGGUGAACUACAACCCAGAGACUGUGAGCACAGACUAUGACAUGUGUGACCGCUUGUACUUUGAUGAAAUUUCAUUUGAAACUGUGAUGGACAUCUAUUCUCUGGAGGACCCAACUGGGAUCAUUCUUUCCAUGGGUGGUCAACUUCCCAACAACAUUGCCAUGGGCUUACACAGGCAGCAGGCAAGGAUCAUUGGCACAAAUCCAGACUGCAUUGACAAUGCAGAGAACAGAUUCAAGUUUUCCAGAAUGUUGGACAAUCUGCAGAUCAACCAGCCUCAGUGGAAGGAGCUGUCAACUUCGGAUGCGGCCAAACAGUUCUGUGAUAACGUUGGAUACCCAUGCCUCAUUCGUCCCUCCUAUGUGUUGAGUGGUGCUGCCAUGAAUGUGGCUAUGAGCCAGCACGACUUGGACACAUAUCUGUCCCAGGCUACGGCAGUGUCCAAAGAUCAUCCUGUCGUCAUCUCCAAGUUCAUACUGGAAGCCAAGGAGAUAGAUGUGGAUGCUGUGGCUGAUGAUGGAGAGGUCAUCUGUAUUGCUGUGUCAGAGCAUGUAGAAAACGCUGGGGUCCACUCAGGUGAUGCGACCUUGGUCACACCUCCGCAAGAUCUGAACGAGGAAACUCUGGCCAAGAUCAAGGCCAUCAGCUGUGCCAUCGGUAGAGCUCUGGAGGUCACUGGACCAUUCAACCUGCAGCUGAUUGCAAAGGACAAUCACCUGAAAGUGAUUGAGUGCAACGUGAGGGUGUCAAGAUCGUUUCCCUUUGUGUCAAAAGCUCUGAACUACGACUUUGUGGCCACAGCGACCAAGAUCAUGAUGGGAGAAAAAGUUGACCCGAUCAACGUCACUGCAGGAUGUGGAAGAGUUGCAGUGAAGGUCCCUGUGUUCUCUUUCUCACGUCUACAAGGAGCAGAUGUCUUGUUGGGAGUUGAGAUGGCAAGCACUGGGGAGGUGGCGUGUUUCGGGGACAAUAGAUACGAAGCUUAUCUCAAGGCUCAGAUCAGCACUGGGUUCAAGAUUCCCAAAAAGAAUAUCUUGAUUUCCAUUGGAAGCUACAAGCACAAGAAUGAACUGAUCCCUACCAUCCGCAAACUAGACAAUCUUGGUUAUCAGCUGUUUGCCAGCAUGGGCACAGCAGAUUUCUAUCACGAGCAUGGAUUCAAGAUCAAAGCAGUGGACUGGCCGUAUGAGGAGCCCUCUGAAGAUGGGGUUCGGAACGGAGAGCAGAGGACCAUUGCGGACUACCUGUCUGACCACAUGUUUGACCUGGUCAUCAAUCUUCCUCUGAGGACCACCGGCACCUACCGCGCCUCUUCCUUUGUCACCCAGGGCUACAAGACUCGCAGGAUGGCUGUUGACUACUCAGUGCCUCUGAUCACAGAUGUCAAGUGCACCAAACUGUUUGUUGAGGCACUCUACCAGCUGAAAUCACAGCCACCUUUGAAGACCAACAUUGAUUGUCUGACUUCUCAGAAGAUCAUCAGGCUUCCCGGUCUCAUUGAUGUCCACGUGCACGUAAGGGAGCCUGGAGCCACGCACAAAGAGGACUGGUCAUCCUGUACUGCAGCAGCCCUGGCUGGUGGGAUCACCACCAUACUGGCCAUGCCCAACACAAACCCGCCAACGGUGGAUAUGGAGGCCUACAAGUUGACCUCCAAGCUUGCCCAGCAAGGAGCGCGGUGCGACUACGGUAUCUACGCAGGUGCCAGCAGCAGCAACUUCCUCACCUUGCCUCAGAUGAGCAACAAAGUGAUUGCCCUGAAAAUGUAUCUCAAUGAUACAUUCACCACUCUCAAGCUGGACGACAUUACUGUCUGGAUGAAGCACUUUGAACACUGGCCUAAGAACUUGCCCAUCUGUGCUCAUGCGGAAGACACGACCACAGCAUCAGUGAUUCUUCUGGCUGAUCUGUUCCAGAGACCUGUGCACAUUUGUCACUUGGCUCGCAAAUCUGAGAUCAUGGUGGUGAAGGCUGCCAAGGAGCGCGGUCUGAGCGUGACGUGUGAGGCUGCACCACACCACUUAUUCCUCACCUCCGAAGACCUGACCUGCAUUGGAGCCCUGCGGGGACAGGUCAAGCCACCUCUAGUCACCAAAGAGGACCAGAAAGCUCUGUGGGACAACAUGGACAUCAUUGACUGCUUUGCCACUGACCAUGCGCCUCAUGCCGUUGAGGAGAAGAACAGUGCCAAACCUCCCCCUGGUUUCCCCGGCCUAGAGACCAUGCUGCCUCUCCUUCUCACAGCUGUCAACGAUGGAAGGCUUACCAUUGAGGAUAUUGUCUUGCGCCUUCACACUAAUCCACGGAGGAUCUUCGGUCUGCCAGAGCAGCCAGACACGUUUGUCGAGGUGGAUCUUGACCACAAAUGGACCAUUCCCACAGCUAUGCCUUACACGAAGUCCAAAUGGACUCCAUUUGCCGGCCACAAAGUCCGUGGCAUUGUGCGAAGAGUGUUGUUGAGAGGAGAAGUGGCUUUUGUAGAUGGCGAGGUUAUUGCAAAGCCAGGCCAAGGCAUUGAUGUCAAACCAGAGACCCUGUCCAUUCCUGCCACAGCAGCACCUGAUGUGGGCACCAGUGGGCUGGGGCAACUCAGUGUGCAGAUCUCAGCUUCCAAUGCUCCGCUGAACAUUUCUGAGCCCCCGAGUCCACGCAAACUUGUGCCUUUUUAUGCCGAUAAAGCCCCGCGCACGCCUCGAUUGCAAGACUCAUCACACCCUGUCUUUGGAAUUGGUGAGUCUCCGGAACAUGGGAUGCCUUUGCGAGAGAAAUCAGGCGAUGUUCUGAGCAGUGUAGAAAAAAUGUCAGACGUCCCCCGAGAUUUCCAUGCCAACCAUGCUGAGAUGCUGCGCCAGAUCGCUGUUGCAUCAGCCGCACCCAUGCCAGGCGUGUAUCCAGCCUCCCUGCAGCCAGUGGGCAUGCAUCACUACACACAUGGACUGACCGGGCACCAUGUCACUACUGUCAUGAACUUCAACAAGGAUCAGUUGUCUCAAGUUUUCAAUCUUGCUCACAACUACAAAGUAGCUGUCAGUAGAGAUAGGCCACUGGAUCAUGUCCUGAAGGGCAAAGUCUUGGCCUCCAUGUUCUUCGAGGCAUCCACCCGCACCAGCUGUUCAUUCACUGUUGCUAUGCAGCGACUGGGUGGAUCUGUGGUCCACUAUGACCAAGGGACUUCAUCUGCCAAAAAGGGUGAAACUUUGGAAGACACUGUGUCGAUGAUGGCUGGCUAUGCAGACAUUGUAGUGAUCAGACAUCCCACUCCUGGGGCUGUGCAGGUAGCGGCGAAGAGUUCCCGCAAGCCAAUAGUGAAUGCUGGCGAUGGCGUGGGUGAGCAUCCGACCCAGGCCCUCCUAGAUGUGUUCACCAUCCGGGAGGAGAUUGGAACUGUCAAUGAUCUCACGAUUACCCUUGUUGGUGAUCUGAAGAAUGGACGUACAGUACACUCCUUGGCUCGACUCCUGACUUUGUACCGUGUGAACCUCCGCUAUGUGGCAAGUCCAGGUCUGGAGAUGCCCAAGGAAAUCUGUGAGUUGGUGGCAGCGCGGGGUGUAAGACAGGACUCGUUCACUAGUCUGGAGCAAGCUUUGCCUGACACUGAUGUUGUCUACAUGACUCGUAUUCAGAAGGAGAGAUUUGAGACCAUUGAACAGUACAAUGAGGCCUGCAACAAAAACCUGGUUCUCACACCGGAGCUGAUGACUCUAGCCAAGAAGAAGAUGGUGGUGAUGCACCCUCUACCCAGAGUCUUUGAGAUCAGCCCAAGCAUUGACACUGACCCCCGGGCUGCCUACUUCAGACAAGCAGAGAAUGGAAUGUACGUGCGCAUGGCUCUCAUCGCUCUCAUCCUUGGCAAGUGCUGAUGAGGCUUGAAAAAUUGCAGAGCUUGUGACAACAAUUUUGUGACUACUGCAUGGAAAGGGAUGAAAAGGAUCGGACUGCCAUAACAAGAAUGUGUGAUGAAACAGGAAAAUUUGAGCGGCGAGCACCAUGAAAUAUGUGUUUAUUGUGUUUGUUUUGUAUUGAAUUCUUUUUAGAAAUAUCUGUGUUUCUUCUUCUGAAGGAAAGACUUGAAAAUAUGUUUAUCAGUAACAGUAGCUUUGUCUUUUUGAGGGCCUUUCAUUGUAACAAGAUUGCCUGUGGUCAGCAUGCCACUUGGGACAUUUACUCUGUGCAUCAUCAUGAUCAUAACCCAAGUGCCCAAGUCACUGGGGGUAUUUUGGUGCCACCAUAGAAGUGAUUGUUACAGCCAGCCGUACAACUCGAGCCAAACGAAGCCCAGUCUACAUGUUGGCAGCAUCCAAUAUAGAAGGUUUUUUAUGUUAAUUUCUCAGAUUUUAUGGUCCCUGUGUUUUGUAAAUCAUUUUGAAUCUCAGAACUUGUAUGUCUUAAGAAAAUUUUUCUAUAACUUUGUAACUUCAAACAAGUGUCCUUUGAUAGUAUCAUCAUGAUUAUCGAGACAAUUACAAAUGAAAUAUGAUGUGAAGAUCUGAAAUGAAAUGCAAGGAUACAGUAUUUUGGACUUUUGCGUUUUAAGAGUCUGUACCACGGAGCAAGAAAUAGCUGCAUUGUGUGUUGAUAUACAUCAUGACUGUGGAAGUGUUUCACCUGUUCACCAAAGGAGAUGCAAUCUGCAAAUUACUGAUCCAUUGUUUUGUGUUGUUUUAAAGUUGGCUUUACACUG